AUGGGUUUGACGCCGGUGUCUGGCCUUCCUGGCGCGACGCGCAGCGGGAGCAUUGAUCCAAGUCUUGUUUUUCACUACACAAACUCGGCAGGCAAGCUCUCGUCCUCGUCGACGAAAGACCUGCACAUCUCUCGCGCCGAGGAGAUCCUCAACAAGGAAAGCGGUUGGGCAGUGCUGGCGGGGACAAGAGACUUCGCGGCAAUCGCCGCGUCCAACGACGCCCAGAAGAAGCUUGCCUUUGAACUGUUCGUGGACCGGGUAUGUGCGUUUGUGGGGAGCUAUUAUGUGUCGCUGCGCGGCAACGUCGACGCCCUAGUCUUUGCGGGAGGCAUUGGAGAAAAGAGCGCGCAGCUGCGCAGCGCCAUCCUAGAAGGGGUAGCUUGCCUUGGGUUUUCCUUGAACAAGCACGCUAACCAGCGGAAAAUGUCGCAGACCAUCGAGGAGAUUACCGGGCCAGAUGCGCGGCACAGAAUCUUGGUGUGCCAGACUGACGAGCAGCUUGAGAUGGUUAGGUUGUGUAGUAGGCGCUUGGGCGCAUAG